AUGAGCCACCCACAACCCAUCUGCCGAGUCUCGAAGGAGGCCGAGCUGCUGAAUGGCCUAGAAACGACUGAAGCCGAUAGAAUGAACGUUGCAGACAGCACAGCCGUCAGUCUUCCGCAGGCAGCUUCUCCCUCAGUCUCCCAGGGAAGUCACUCAAGCCCUUCUCACGGCUACAGUUUGGCCAUGCUGCAAGAAGCCGUUGCGUUUGCUUCCAGCUACCUCCAGGUGCGGCUCAAAGAGGGCAAGAAUCCUUACGACCCCUUGACUAAAGUUGGCCGUUUCAAUCAUUACAUCGUGGAUCCCUUAUUCCGUUGGCAUGGGCGAAACGAGCGGAUCGUGGCCUCGCAAUCCCUCGGGCGAGUGAGCAUGCAGGGAGAGAACCGUUCGGUGUUGAACGGCGGGAGUCACAACUACGCCGGGUUGUAUGAACUGUCGCCAAAGGAUGAACAGCUGCAGCGGAAGUGCCUGGGCCAUCUGCCCUUCGCGGAUGCUGAGGCUGUCCCGUUGCUCAAUCAAAGGAUGGUCGACGGUCUGGCGAGGUUCUUCAACGCUGACUGUUGCUACACAACGACGACCGGUUACCAAUCGAACGUCCUCGGGAUACCGGCCAUUGCUCGAGACAAUUCGCUCAUCGUGAUGGAUGAGAAAUGCCACAACUCGAUUUUCACGGCGUCGUACAUGGCCCGAGUUGGAGCCCGCAAGAGGUUCCGGCAUAAUGACAUGGCGCACCUACAGUCCAUCCUGGAGUCAACUCAAGGGGAACACUCUGAUAUUAUCGUGGUCGUGGAGGGUCUUUACAGGUGA